GGUGUUGCCAAUUUUAGUGUGUGGUUUUCGAUCGCGAAGAAGGUACACUACACUCACUGCACGCGUGACUGCCAGCGUGAGUGUUCUCUGUUCUGAUUAUUGUUGUUGUUUGUGGCUUUUAUAGCUGGUUUUCUUGCUGUUGAAUUUCGAGUCGGGAUCAUGUCUGGUUCAAUGGCGAGUCUAGUAGCAAGACCUCCUUUGGUUCCCAAGAGGUUUGUUUGGCCUUAUGGGGGAAGAACUGUGUUUCUAUGUGGUUCUUUCACCAGAUGGCAAGCAAUUAUACCUAUGUCGCGGAUGGAUAGCUGCCCGGAUGUAUUUGAAGUCCUUUGCAGCUUAAUCCCUGGAUAUCAUCAGUACAAUUUCUAUGUGGACGGUAAGUGGCGGCACGAUGAGCAGCAGCCAUUUGUAAAUGAGAUCUUUGGGGUAGUGAAUUCUAUUUACUUACUGCGACAACCAGAUAUUUUGUCUACCCUUUUAAGUGCUGAAACACCUGGUGGAGGCCACAUGGAGGUUGACAAUAGUGCUUCUGGGCCUGUGGAAGCUAAUCCAAUGAUGUCAGAGUCUGAUCUGCUAAUCUCUCGCCACCGUAUAUCUACAUUCCUGUCUAGAAGUACUGCUUAUGAUUUGCUUCCUGAGUCAGGAAAGGUUAUUGCCUUGGAUAUAAAUUUGUCAGUUAAGCAAGCACUCAGUAUUCUUCAUGAAGAGGGAAUAUAUUUGGCUCCUAUAUGUGAUUCUAGCACAUGCCAGUUUGUUGGAGUGCUUAAUGCAAUGGACUUCAUUCAAAUAUUGAAAGAGCUGGGGAAUCAUGGAACAGACCUGACUGAAGAACAACUUGAGACAUAUACUAUAGCAGAUUGGAGAGAGGGGAAAUUACUGCAAUGUGAGACUAAUUGUAAUGGGAGAGCACGUCCUUGGAACUUUGUUAGUGCUGGGCCUGAUGAGUGUCUAAAAGAUGUUGCUUCAAAAAUUUUGCAAAACAACGUGGCAACAGUUCCUAUUAUCCAUUCUUCCUCAGAGCAUGGUUCACUCCCGCAGCUGCUACGACUUGCUUCUCUUUCAGAUAUUCUAAAACAUAUAUGCAGGUAUUUUGAGCACUCUCAUGGUUUUUUGCCAGUUCUGCAACUACCGGUCGGUUCAAUUCCUCUAGGUACAUGGGUGCAAAAAAUGGGGGAGUCCAAUAUAAAGCCACUUGCAAUGCUUGGGCCAAAUGAUUCACUUGGUGCUGCUAUGUCUCUCAUGAUUGAAGCUGAAGUUAGCUCAAUCCCAAUUGUGCAUGAUAAUGAUUCAUUACUUGAUAUAUAUUCAAGAAGUGAUAUUACUGCAUUGGUUAAAAAAAAAGCAUAUGCUUGGAUAAAUCUGGAUGAAUUUAGUAUCCAUGAGGCAUUGCUUUUGGUACAAGAUGGAGAGCUCCUUUACAACCUUCCCAAUGGCCAGAGAUAUCAUAUGUGUUCGAGGUUUGAUUCAUUGUGCAAAGUGAUGGAGCUUUUGGCUGAACCUGGUGUCGAACGAGUUCUGAUUGUGAAGGAUGGCACCCGGCGCGUUGAAGGGAUCAUUUCGAUAGGUGAUGUGUUCAGGUUCUUGUUAGGCUAGUUGCGAUAUAUGGCCAUCAUCGAUCUUACAUGAAAGGAAUUGCAAUAGUAAUUAUGGAAUAGACUCUUGCUUUAUGAACUCUUGUUGUGUCCCCUUGCUUUAUUAUAGGAUUGAAAUUGCAGAGACAAAAGUCUGUAAAUUAAGGAUUAAGUUUACUGCUCUAGACAAUUUGAGGAAACGUACAAUCAUUUUCAUGGCUGGUCCUGGUUGUAAGGAAAAAGUAUUUUCUCUGUUCCAUUAAGA